AGAAGUGGACAAUAUUUACAGCAUAUGGUACAAACAACUUGUUGUAAAACCUCACCAAAACCCCCAUUUGUGUAUUUCCGAACCCUAACACCACUAUUGUGCUUCCAUCUGCAAUGGCUUCUCGCUGUCGUGCAUUCUCAAGACCAGCAAUUAACCUCGUCAAAUCCACAAUGAACAAACAAUCAAGCAUACCCACUUCCUCUUUUCACCUUCCUCGCCCAUUUCCAACACUCUCAAGGCCAUUGCCUCAGAUGGGUUGUCUUCAAUCUUUGCUGCCGCUCCAUACUGCUGUCUCUUCAGCUCGACUCACAUCUUGCCUUGGUAUUGAUUCCAAGGGCUCCAGGUCGUUGUCUCAGGAGUUGGGACUCUCAGUGCCUCGAUAAGAGACGACUAUUGCUCAAGGAAGAAGAGGGUUGUUUACUAGCUAUCACAACUUCUUAUCCUUCUAUAAUUUUCUGCAACCUCUGUUCUUAAUCAUGUAUGAUAUUGGCAGCAUGCAACUUCUGACUUUUGCCUCAAUUGCCCUAAUUUUUUAUUGCUAUUUUGUAAGAUAUUGUCCCUCGAUUCAUUUAGAAACAAUUUUGAAGUAAUAAUGUUUGUACUCAUGCCAUACUGCUCAAGCUGACGUCGUUAAAGCAGUGUUACCAUGAGCGCAUCUCUUCUUUUCUUAAUCCAUUUUGUUGCGUUGUUUGCGA